AUGGCCUUCUUCGGCACAGCCCUCAACACAGUGGGCGCACUGUUCCUCACACACGCGUACGUCCAGUCUCGCAGCCCAGCGCAGCAACCGGGGAAGCCAGGCGCGGAUGCCACAUGUGCUAACGUCUCCUCCAGCGUAUACUCUGCCCACGAACACACGACAGCCUUCGCCAACACCCCGCUUCCCCUCGACAUCACCCUCGAGCUCCUCGUCGGCGUCCUCUUGCUUUCGACCGGCAUCGUCCUCUCCGCCGACAAGCUGAAGCCUAUUCAACAUGCCAAGUGGGCCGGUGAGAUCUCGCGAGACGGACGCCGUGGAGAGGGCAGGUAUACAAGAGAAGGAGAGGAGAUUCUGAGCGAGGGAGACCCAUAUGCUUUCUUGGGUCUCGAUGGUGGAAUCGGGGGAACAAGUGAGGGUAGGAGAGGAUUCUGGGAUGUCAAGGGCAAGAGGAAGGAGUAUGAUGAGUGGGUGCGCGGGAAACAGUAG